CUCUUCCGUGCUGUCCACACGAGGUCAGUUCCCAGUUUAACUGACAGUUUCGGAAACGCACGACUUCAUUGACUGAGAAUAACUCGGCAACGAUGCAAAUACAUAGUAGUGUGUUGAAUGUACCGAACGCGAAAGCCGGUCACGUAGUCGUUCGCGCUCGUGCGGGAGAAGGAAGAUGGUGGUGGCUCGAGGUCAAGGUAGGUGCUGUGUUCAUUGGUACGAUGUGUUCUUUGAGUAUGCACAGCUCGGCAUGUCAGGGAGUACACUACGGUCAGAGACGGGAGCGGGCGCCUGAGGCGAUCGGCGGGCUGUGAUUGGCUGGCGGGUGAAAAAAGUUGCCUUCUUUCGAUCGUCCGUCUCUCUUUCUUUUCGUACGACCAUACGUCCGCCUCCCCGCGGGGACACUCACAUCGCAAACCG